GGGGUCGCGGCGGCGGCGGCGGCGGCCCGGGCGGUGGGAGCCGAGGCGCCGGAGCAAGAUGGCGGCGCGAGUGCUGUACGCCCACGGAGCGGCCGCGGCCGGCGGCCUCCUGCGGCGGGCCGCCCCCUGCAACCUCCUGCCCGGGCUCCGGAGAUUGACAUCUUCUGACAACAGACCUCGAGAAGACAGCUGGUUAAAAUCCUUAUUUGUCCGGAAAGUUGAUCCAAGAAAAGAUGCUCACUCUAAUCUCCUAGCCAAAAAGGAAACAAGCAGUCUAUACAAAUUACAGUUUCACAAUGUUAAACCGGAAUGCCUAGACGCAUACAACAAAAUUUGUCAAGAGGUGUUGCCAAAGGUUCAUGAAGAUAAACAUUACCCUUGUACUCUGGUGGGGACUUGGAACACGUGGUAUGGCGAGCAGGAUCAAGCUGUCCACCUCUGGAGGUAUGAAGGAGGCUAUCCAGCCCUCACGGAGGUCAUGAAUAAACUCAGAGAAAAUCAGGAAUUUGUGGAAUUCCGUAAGGCCAGAAGCAACAUGCUUCUCUCUAGGAAGAAUCAGCUGCUAUUGGAGUUCAGUUUCUGGAAUGAGCCUGUCCCACGGUCAGGACCUAAUAUUUAUGAACUCAGAUCUUACCAACUCCGACCAGGAACUAUGAUUGAAUGGGGCAAUUAUUGGGCUCGUGCAAUUCGCUUCCGACAGGACAGUAAUGAGGCAGUUGGAGGAUUCUUCUCUCAGAUUGGGCAGCUAUAUAUGGUGCAUCAUCUUUGGGCUUACAAGGAUCUUCAGAUCAGGGAAGAUAUACGAAAUGCAGCAUGGCAUAAACAUGGCUGGGAAGAACUGGUGUAUUAUACAGUCCCACUUAUUCAAGAAAUGGAAUCCAGAAUCAUGAUCCCACUGAAGACCUCGCCCCUCCAAUAAAGCUACAGAAUUUAGAUGUGCCUACACAAAUUUAUGUGACAAGUAUUUGUCAUAAAUUAAUUUUAAUUGUAUAUCAAGUGAAAAAGAAACACUGAAGUGGAAACUGCUGUAUAUAGCUUGUGAGAGACCUCUUUUCUUUAAAAUUUACAUAAUCACAGGAAAGGAAACUAUUACAGUCUGGCUGAUGAUAUAACAGUGCUCUGUAGUCCUCUCUGAAACAUCCCUCUGUUUGCUGAAUAUACCUUAUAGUACCGAACUGCCCCUCCCCACUCUCUGGGAAAGGAGGGCCCAAAUUAAAACUGGAAUCAUUUCCAAAUGAGAAUCUAACCGUGAAGAGAAAGCUAGCCAUUCUUUAUAAAAAGCAAAUCUGUUUUAUAAUUACAGAUGUUUAGACAAACUUCUUGUAUCAGGAAGAAAUACAAAUUUUGUGAUGUUUCUCUAGCAGUUUUUCUGAGUCUCAGACUAGGAGCAAAUUAUGAAUGUACCCAGUACCUGAAAAUGUUUUAAUUCACUCUCAUUUUUGACCAGUUGGCAUAGUAAACAAUAGGUCAUUACUAAGCUGGUAGUGGUUGCCAAGGUACAUGUAAUCAGUAACGAAUGCACUCUUUACAUAGUGUGUUGUAAUGUCUCCACAUGAAGGAAAAAAUGGCUUGAACCUGUGUAUCAUAUGUGAUUUUGAAAUUAGCAGCUUGAAUAGCACUAAUUUUUAUUUGUAAUAUUUUUCUAUAACAAAAUGAGUAGAACUAGGAAAAGAGGUUUUAUUUUGUAAACAAUCAUUUGUGACCUCAGAUAUUCUCUAGUUAAUACUUUAAUAAGCCCACAGCAGAUUCUUCCAAGAGAGGGGUGGUGCAUGUUGAGAUUUAAAUUGGCAUAAAGCUGCAUACUUUGUCUAGCUGUUUUAUUUAGUUUUUUUAAUAUAGUGUGCCAAUUUUGUGACUAUAAUCAUGUGAAAGUCCUGUUAAAAUGAAAAAUUGUCUGACCCCCAAAUUAAAGAAUUUAUGUGUAAAAUAAAGCAUGAAUAAAUCUCAUAUGAAACGUCAAACUUUUACAUGUGAAUGGUUUUCUCCAAGAACAUAUAUCAGUGAAUAAAAUCUUCUUAAUUUCACAUAUUA